GCUAUCGGCGACAUUAUUGAUUCGGGCCGCGGGUCCACUUCACGAUUCUCUCUUCAUGUGGGAGAAAUAAUAUGGCAAACGCCUCCCAGACUUGAAGUCUUUCAAUUCUCCUUCUCUUCUUUAAUCACUAUACCCCCUGGACUAUUCUUCAUUUUGCCCAUCUUGAGUUGUUGUGAUAAACUGUCCAAGAUAGCACAAAAAUCUUUCUCUCUCUCCUGACCCACCCGAAUCUUCUCUUCUUUACCCCAGACGAAUCUGUUAUCGGCCGAGAUGAGCAGCGCCGGAGACUAUAACGCCGUGAAAAGGGACAUCGUGGCCCAACUGAAGAAGCCUGAUUAUGACGAUGGCAGCACUGGCCCCGUGUUUGUGCGUCUGGCAUGGCACGCCUCCGGCACAUACGAUCUCGAGACCGACACAGGCGGUUCCAAUGGCGCAGGCAUGCGAUAUGAAGCGGAGGGUGGCGACCCGGCCAACGCUGGUCUGCAGCACGGACGAGCUUUCCUAGAGCCCGUAAAGGAGAAGCACCCGUGGAUCACAUACUCGGACCUGUGGACAUUAGCAGGAGUAGUCGCAAUCAAAGAGAUGGGCGGACCCGAUAUCGCAUGGAAACCCGGUCGGACCGAUCUCGUCGAUGACUCCAAGGUGCCACCCCGAGGCCGCCUUCCUGACGGUGCCCAAGGCGCCGACCACCUCCGCUUCAUCUUCUACCGUAUGGGAUUCAACGACCAGGAAAUCGUCGCCUUGGCUGGAGGACACAACCUGGGCCGUUGCCACGCUGACCGUAGUGGAUUCAACGGCCCAUGGGUGAACAACCCAACCCGGUUCUCGAACCAGUUCUUCAAGCUGCUCCUCAAGCUCGAAUGGAAGCCCAAGACACUGGAAAACGGUGUCAGCCAAUUCGUAUAUGAGGACCCCGAUGCGGAAGAGGGCGAUGAGCAGCUGAUGAUGCUACCCACCGACGUCGCUCUCCUCACCGACCCUGCCUUCUCAGUCUGGGUCAAGCGUUAUGCCGAGGACAAGGACCUAUUCUUCGACCAUUUCUCCAAGGUAUUUGCCAAGCUGAUCGAGCUCGGAAUCCAACGAAACGAGAAGGAGGCGAUCAUCAACACCGACAACGUCAAGGGAGGAUAUAUCUCUGCGCCGAAGAAGAGCAACACCCCUGGUGCCUCAUCGGGCCAGGGUGGUGGCUGUCCUUUCCGUGCUAGACUGUAAAUUUCUUUCUUGUUUUGUUUUUCAAGGUUAUGGUUAGAAUGUCUUCAGGGUAAUUGGGAAGACAGGUCAAAGGACGGUUUCAUGUGUAAAUAGAUUAAAGAGGCUUCAUAUACCAUCAAGAAUAUACUGUUUAGAUUCACA